AUGCACAAGCGUGCACAGACUAAAAUUGAUCCAGGAGAUAAGUGUACCAAAUACCCACCAGUACUGAGUGGGGCGUUUGCAGGGAGCGUGGGCGUGCUGUGGGAGCUGAGUGCACCCGCUGGGCAGCACUGGAGCAGUCGGGAGCUAGCGGGUGCUGCUUUGCUGUGUCCCCUGGCAGACGUGAAGCACUAUGCCGUGUUCGUGGGCAGCGGGCAGAGACGUUUCUCCAGCCUGGACGGCAGCGGAGCAGAACGGCUCAACAUCCAGCGCAUGCUGAAAGUCAACAGGACUCUGUACAUCGGCGACAGGGAUAACCUGUACCGGGUGAGCCUGGAGCCUGCCACGGCCAGCGAGAUGCGCUACCAGCGGAAACUGACGUGGCGGUCGAACCCACACGACAUCAGCAUCUGCCGGAUGAAGGGGAAGCACGAGGCAGAGUGCCGGAACUUCGUCAAGGUGCUGCUGGUGAGGAACGAGAGCUCGCUCUUCGUGUGCGGGACCAACGCCUUCAACCCCGUCUGCGCCAACUACAGCAUGGACACCCUGGAGCCCAUUGGAGACAACAUCAGCGGCAUGGCCCGGUGCCCCUACGACCCCAAACAUGCCAACGUCGCCCUCUUCACGGGCGGGAUGCUGUUCACGGCCACGGUGACAGAUUUCCUGGCAAUCGACACAGUGAUCUACCGGAGCCUGGGGGACAGCCCGACCCUGCGCACCGUCAAGCACGACUCCAAGUGGUUCAAAGGUGGGGUCCUGUCCCCGUGGGCUUGGCAGGCAGUUCAUUGGCGGAGCCAGCCGUGGCGCCCCUCCCCGCGCUGGUCCCUGCUGCAGGUGGUGGUGUCCCGGGUGGCCCGGGUGUGUAAGAACGACAUGGGCGGCUCGCAGCGGGUGCUGGAGAAGCAGUGGACGUCCUUCCUCAAGGCCCGGCUGAACUGCUCCGUGCCGGGGGACUCGCAUUUCUACUUCAACGUGAUCCAGUCGGUGACGGACAUCGUGGAGCUGGGCGGGCGGCCCGUGGUGCUGGCCGUCUUCUCCACGCCCGCCAACAGGCCCGGGUGCUGCGCGGCCCCCGGCAUGCGCUACAACUCCUCCAGCUCCUUCCCGGACGAGAUCCUCAACUUCAUGAAGACGCACCCCCUGAUGGACGAGUCGGUGCCCUCGCUGGGCCAUGCCCCGUGGAUCAUCCGCACCAUGACCCGGUGUGUGCGUGAGGGCAGUCAGCGCGGUAACUCCAAGGGCAGCGCCAGCCCCGCAGCCAUCAGCGCCGGGAGCCAGAGCCUGCUCCUGGAGGAGUUUGAGACCUACCACCCCGGCAGGUACGUCGCCACGGCCUCGGCGUCGCCACGGCCUCAGCGUUCCCAGAGAACGGGAAAGUCCACAGGGAUGGGCCUGGCGUAAGCACCCGGACAGAGGGAGCCGCAUCUCCUUGCUGCUUUCUCGGGGUUAACGAAGGGGUUUUCUCAUGGCAGCAGGGAGCCCUCUCUGGGUUCAUCUAGACGACAGGCAUUUGUCAACAGAGGCUUUGUCGACAGAUACUGUCAACAAAGCUUGUGUCGACAAAGAGUGUCUAGCAAGCCGCCUUGUCGACAAGAGAAUGUAGAC